AUGAAAAAGGGAUCAAAAGCUCCUGAUCCAAUUUCUUCAUUACCGUCAAAUGAACACAUUUUUUAUGGAAAGGAAAUUUUGUGGAACUUUCGAAUCAGAUUUAAAAAUCUUGUGAAUGAUUCAGAUGAUGAAAUUAAUCUGAGUCCCAUUGAAACAAGCAAAACAAAAGCAAAGUGUGAUGGAAAACUUCACCUUCUCAUCCCCUUCACAUUUCAUACCCAAAAUAUCUGUAAUACUUUAAAACAAUUUCUCAUCGAGGACCCACUUACAGUAUUUUCAUCAUCAAAUUUAGUUCGAGAGACGAGUCAAUUUGAUGCUGAAGUUUAA